AAUGGUGAGCGAUAUUUCGAACUCUCGAAUACUACGAAGACGAAGUUCUACAUUCACAGAUCCAACUAAUUUAUUGGCAGUUCAUGAAUUGAGAUCGAGAAUAUUACAAGAUCCGGCAAUAUCAGUAAAGCAUCUAUCAGAUGACGUUCAUAGGAUACGUCACGAAGACUGGUGGUUAGACAGGUUCUUAGGAUCGGUUAAUUACGAUGUAGAUAUUGCAUAUGCAAUUAUGUUAGAGUGCUUGAAAUGGAGAAGAAACUUUGAAGUGGACAGAAUCAGUCUGCUGUCACUCAAGCCAUUACUAGAUAACCAACUGAUGUAUCUUCACGGAAAAGAUUUACAAAACCGGCACAUGUUAUGGAUCAUGAUGAACAAAUAUAAAAAUGGAGAUGACGGCUUCGAAAAGCUGUUUACAUUUUGGAUAGAGCGUCACUACAUGGAAUACAAAGGAUGUCAACCAUUGACCGUUUUCAUUGAUAUGACUGGUACAGGACUCAAGAAUAUGAGCUUUGACGCAAUGAAGUUUAUUAUACAUUCCUCCAAGUAUUAUUAUCCAAACUCAAUUGAAUCGAUUUUGAUUUUUGAAAAUCCAGCGAUCUUGAAUGCUUCAUGGAAAGUAAUCGGAUCUUGGCUAGAGUCUUCAGCUGCGAGUCAAAGACACGACUUACUCACAUUUGUCACCAAGCUCAGUGUCACUCAUUACGUACCAAAAAGUCAUCUGUUGGAGCACCAAGGAGGCACCGAUACUUUCAAAUUCACCAUGGACGAGCUUGCCAAAUGCCUUCCACCACCACCGCCACCAAAACCUUCACCAAAAUUACUUCAACAACGAAUGCACUCUAUCGACGAUUCUACAAAUAACAACGUAACUGAAUUUGACUUCUCGUCGUUUCAGAAAAGAAAUGUCAAGUUCGACGAGGAAUCUACAACAAAACGAGCUCCUUCUUUGUCCAGAAGAUCAAGUCGCGGACCGAAAAGCAGAAAAUCGCAUAUCCCACCAUCACUUCGACCACUUAUUGAGAACCGAGUUAACGCACCAAGUGACGAUUGGUCGUCCAAUGACUUUGUGUCAAUAACUCCGAGAGAUGAAUUACGACUUGAGAAACUCGACGGAGAAAAUGACUUGCUUGAUGUCGUCCUUGUCAAGAAUCAGUCUUCGGACACACCGAUCAUGUUCAAAUUCAAAACAACUUCGCCUGAAAAAUUCCGCGUUCGUCCUAGUUCUGGAAUAGUACAGCCUGGAACUACGGAAAUCAUCAGAGUUUAUCUUCAAUAUGAGUACCGACACUCGUGGAACAAAGAAAAGUUUCUGCUUCUUACAAUGGAAUCGUCAUCAACAGACGUUGAAAGCUUCUCUGAACAGUUCAAAUCAGCAAGCAACAAGGCAGAAUUCAAAUUCAAAUGUAGAUUGUCAGAAAAUUUAAAGCUUGAUCAGCCAGAGGAAAGAAGAUCAAGCUUUCUACUCCAGCAGCAACAAUUAUUGAGCAAACCAGAGGGAUUUUCUCUCGGAGGUUUCAACAUCUACUUGCCUAUAAUAACUCUUAUUCUCUUUCUGUUUUUGAUCUUUCAAUUUUCCUACAUCCUACAAAUGAGAUCAGAUAAUGCAUUACUCAGGGAAACCCUAGUUUCGCUCUCUUCUCAAAUUAAAGAGGCUUCUGUGCCACUUCAGGAAACAAUUGUUGAAGCUGUUAAAAAUGAACUCUAAAUGUUAUGGAAAACGUGAAUAAAUGGUUGAUUAUA